GGCCGCGGCGGGGCCGGUGGAGCCGGGAGUGGGGCUGUUUGGGAGCAGACAGUGUGGGGCCGGGGCGCCCCACGGCCCCGGCCCCGCCAUGCCCACGCUGGGGCAGCUCCUGGUCGUGCUGGUGGUGACGGCGGCGGGUGGGCGUGGGGGCCCCCGCGACAGCCUGGCCUGCUCCCAGGGCCUCGCCUGCCGCCUCUUGGACACCGACGUGCUGUGUGGGACGGAGCCUCCGGGGCCUGGCCAUGGGCUGUCCCUGGCUCAUCUGCGGUUGGAGCCGGCACUGCACUGCAGUGAGCCCACGGCCUGUGUGCCCUGUCUGGAGGCGCGUGUGCGCCUGGCCUUGGCACCUGCCACCAGAACCACCACUGCCACCAAAACCCACCACUCCGUGCUGCUAGGGAUCCCUGGGGCAGAGGAUGGCAGUGGUGGGGGACAGUGGUCACCAGUGGCUGGGGCCACUUUGUCCCAGCCCAAUGUCACUGGGCUGCUGCUGCUCUCAGGGCACACAUUUGCUUCCUCCCGCUGUGUGGCUGUGGAGGUCUGGGCACCUCUGGCCCCCACACAGCGCAACCGAACCCUGGGCUGGGUGAUCUUCCGGUGCUUCGAGGCACCGCUGGGCUCCGAGCUCCAUGUCACGGCGUACACAAAUUCACGCGGACAGCGGAGUCUGAACCGGCAGAAGCGGGUGCCAGACUGCUCAUGGCCCCCGGCACAGGCUGCUGUCCCCCAGUGCCAAGUGCCCAGGCUGCAGAUCUCCCCAGGGCAGAAAGAGGUGGUUGUGGAGGUGCAAGGGGCUGUGGCGGGGCACAGCUACACGCUCCGGCUCUACCACAACCGGAGCCACAGCACUGGUGGGCCGGGGCAUGCAGUGACCGUGCAGAGCAGACCCAUGAACUACAGCCUGCCUGCCGAUGAGGUGCUGCCCUGCCUCUGCCUGCAGGUCUGGCUGGAGACCCAGGACCCACUGAGGGCCACCCUGUGCCCCUUCUCCCAUGAUGCCAAGGCCUGGGAGCGACUGUGGAUGCAGAGCCACCUGGUCCUGCACACUGAGGGGCAGGUGCUGACCUGCUCCCUCUCAGCCCCCUGUGACCUCCCAGCCAAGCUGGUGCCCUGCUGGCAGCCAGUGCCCUCCGGGCCCUGCCAGCCCCUCCCUGGCCUGCAGCAGCCCACCAUAGGGCAGGGACCCCAGGAGUUUGGAAGGCUGCGGCCACACCCCAACCUCUGUGUGCAGGUUUGGAGUGGUGGGCAGGUCCGGUCGAUCCAGUGCCUGCGGGACCGAGCGCUGCCCGGCCGCCCCGAUGACCUCCUGCUGCUGGAGCGUGGGGGGAACGCCUCGCUGUGCGCUGUGGAGCAGGAUGCCUGCACGCCCCUCGCCAGCUUCACCAGCACGGGAAGGGGGCACCCCGGGCUGCUGGAGCAGGAUCUGCAGCAGGAUGUGGCAGCAGGGCAGUGCUGGCAGAUCUGGCACCCUGAAAACAGCACCGAGGUCGUGCUCUGGGCCUGUCCCAUGCACAAGUACCUGCGUGCCCACUGGGCACUGGUGUGGAUGGGGGUGCUGCUGGCAGCUGCCUGUCUCCUACUCCUGCUCGUGCUGAAGAAGGAGGACAUGAAAGGAUGGCUGAAGUCACUGAGGGCUGGUUAUGGCUCUGAGGGUCCCCUGCAAGGCCGGCGGGCACUGCUGGUACACGCGGCGGAGCCGGUGGCGGAGCGGGCGGCAUGUGCCUUGAUGGCAGCUCUGCGCCCACUGGGGCUGCUGGUGGUGGCAGCACCAGGGGGUGGCAGCGGGGUAGCGGCGUGGGGACCACUGCCCUGGCUGCACGCCCAGCACCGCAGGGCACUGCGUGAUGGUGACACCAUCAUCUUCCUCCUCUCUCCUGCCGCAGUGGCUGCUGCACAACAGUGGGACACGGGGGCCAGGGUUGUGCUGGAGGCCGGGGCUGCUGAAAGCAGCCUCAUCCCCCAGCACAGCCCUGGCCCUGCUGAUGUCCCAGCCGUGGCACCCUGUGAGGUGUUUGCGGCAGCUCUGUCCUGUGCCAUGCCGGCACUGGCGGCGGGCACUGGGCGCUACAUGGUGGUCCAGCUGGAGGCCUUGGUGCCGGCAGUGCCCCCAGCACUGCAGGCAGCCCCUGCCUUUGCACUGCCCACUGAGAUGGGGGGGUUCCUGCAGGCACUGGUGGGACCAGCCUGGUGGCAGGGACGGUGGCCAGAGCCAUAUGUGGCAGCGGCAUCUGAGGGGCUGCGGCGGGCAGGCCUGGAGCGGACAGAGCAUGAGGGCUUUGGCGGGGGCAACACAGCCUGGGAGGAGGAGAAGCUGUCCAAGUACCAGCACAGUGAGACCCGUCUCCUGGAGGUGCUGGAGGGCGUCUGUGCUCCCUCGGACUUCGCCUGCCACCAGCUGCUGGAGCGGAGCGAGGAGCAUGUGGAGCAGUGGUGGUUCCAUGAGCAGCAGCAGCACCCUGACUUCUUCCAGUGGCUGUGUGUGGACAGGCUGAUGCUCUGUUGCCCACCUGGCACCUACGGCCCGGACUGCCGGCCCUGCGCUGGUGGGCCCCGGCAGCCCUGCAGCGGCAAUGGGCGAUGCGAUGGCGACGGCACACGCCGCGGCACUGGCCUUUGUGUCUGCAGCCCGGGCUAUGGUGGCCCCUUCUGCGCCGAGUGUGGUGAUGGCUACUAUGAGGCCUCGCGGAACAAGAGCCACCUGAUGUGUGCUGAGUGCUACCAGGCAUGCGGGCGCUGCACGGGGCCCGAGGACUCCAGCUGCCUUCGCUGCAAGAGGGGCUGGGUACUGCAUGAGCAUCGCUGCAUCGACAUCGACGAGUGUGGCACAGAGAUGGCGCAUUGCCGAGCCAACCAGUACUGCGUCAACACGGAGGGCUCCUACGAGUGCCGAGACUGCUCCACGGCUUGCAUCGGCUGCAUGGGUGCUGGACCGGCUCGCUGCAAGAAAUGCAACAAGGGCUACUGGCGGGAUGGAGCCAAGUGCCUGGAUGUGGAUGAGUGUGCCAGCGCCGAGGAGCCGGUGUGCACCGGAGCACAGGAGGUGUGUGAGAACACGGAGGGCAGCUACCGCUGCGUCUGUGCCCAAGGCCACGUCCGCCGGGAUGGGCAGUGUGUGGAGGACAAGCCCCCUGAUGCCCCGGAGAAAGGCUUCUUUGACGACGUGACCGACGACGAGGUGGUGGUGCUGCAGCAGAUGUUCUUUGGUGUGAUGAUCUGUGCACUCGCCACACUGGCUGCCAAGGGCGACAUGGUCUUCACCGCCAUCUUCAUUGGUGCCGUGGCUGCCAUGGCCGGCUACUGGCUCUCUGACCGCAGCGACCGUGUCCUCGAUGGCUUCAUGAAGGGCAGAUAGCUCUGGGGCUGCUGGGCAUGAAUGGGGAGGCGGGCUCAGCCUGAGGUGUGGGGCCCCCCCCAGCAGGGCUGGCUGACGAGGCUGCAUCCUGCACACAGUGCUGUGCCCUGCAUGCGUCCCCCAGCCCCGCCUUAGCGUAGGAUCUCGUUUUCUCCCCCCUGCAGAAAGAGCCAGGGGUACCUGAUCCCAGGGGCUCCCACACAGCCUUCUCUGUCUGGAGGGGUGAUGCCAGGCAGCGUGGCACUGUGUGGGGGGCACAGCAUGCUGCCUCCAGCCCCUCGUACUCUGAAGGAGAGACCUGGAAUCGUGGCAGGUGGAGGUGGGGGGGCAGGUGAGAGGGUGAUCCUGCUACCUGCCCCCAGGCUGGGGCUGCUGGCCCUGUUAGGACCCCCCUCCCAUAAGACCAUUCCCUGUGGGGCAGUGAAGGGCUAGGUCCCCCCUCUGCCCUGAGCUGUGGGGCUGGGAGAGCUGUCCCCCCAUCCCACCCCUCCUCCCCAUGUCCCUGGGCAGAGCCCAUCUCCCCUCCCAGACUGGACGGGCCAAGGGCCCCAUGUUGCUGGGGGUGCCAUGCUGGGCGAGGGGGGCCCUGCUGGAUGCAUGAGUGUGGCCGUUGCAUUUGUCCGUCGGGGUGUGCCCAUCUGUCUGUGUGUCCAUAUCUCAGGAAAUAAAGCUCUGCACACCCA